AUGGCUUCCGAUUCUUCUCCAGCCCACAUCCAUGGCGGACCUUCCUCACCCGAUGACUCAAUGUCAAGUCCGAUCGGCAACACAUUCUCAUCACCCGGCGACCCCUCCACUCGACGGAAAAGAGGACGCCAAUCAGCCACCCCGUACAAAACCCCACCACCUCCCCGAUUCACCACCCCUGAUGGAACCCCAAAUCCCUCCUCCACAAACCCUCGUCAAGGCCGGAGAAGAGCUUCAACUUCCACUCCCACCGCCGUCACUCCUUCCUCCACCGACGACGCUCCACCUUCUUCCGAAGGCGGGGAAGCUGAUGAUGGCGACGACGCCCCACCGAUGUAUGUUUGGGGGACGAAUAUCAGUGUUCAAGAUGUUAAUGCUGCGAUUUUAAGGUUUCUGAGGCAUUUUCGCGAACGGCCUUCUGACAUUGAAGGAAAGUACAUGAGGGCAGUUCACCAUGUGAUUGAAAUCGAAGGAGAUUCGCUUGAUGUUGAUGCACAUGAUGUGUUUGAUUAUGAUAAUGAUUUGUAUACCAAAAUGGUUAGGUACCCCUUAGAGGUUCUUGCUAUUUUCGAUAUUGUGUUGAUGGACAUGGUUAGUCGAAUUAACCCACUGUUUGAAAAGCAUAUACAAGCGCGGAUUUUUAAUCUCAAGGCCUCGACAUCAAUGAGAAAUCUCAACCCGUCAGACAUUGAGAAGAUGGUGUCAUUGAAAGGAAUGAUUAUUCGCUGUAGUGCCAUUAUCCCUGAGAUCAGGGAAGCCAUAUUCAGAUGUCUUGUGUGUGGUUAUUAUUCUGACCCUAUUGUUGUGGACAGAGGACGAAUUAAUGAGCCAACGGUGUGCUUGAAGCAAGAAUGUCAAGCCAAAAAUUCCAUGACACUGGUUCACAAUAGGUGCAGGUUUGCUGAUAAACAAAUUGUGAGGCUCCAGGAGACACCAGAUGAGAUCCCUGAGGGAGGGACACCUCACACAGUGAGCUUGUUGAUGCAUGACAAGCUGGUGGAUGGUGGGAAGCCAGGUGACAGAGCUGAGGUCACUGGGAUUUAUAGAGCCAUGAGUGUCAGAGUUGGACCAACCCAAAGGACCGUGAAAUCUUUGUUCAAGACGUACAUUGAUUGCCUACAUUUGAAGAAGACAGACAAGUCCAGAAUGCAUAUAGAGGAUCGGAUGGAUAUUGAAAAUGGCUCUAGUAGAAAUGAUGAAGAAACUCCUCUGGACUAUGAAGACAAAGUGGAGCAACUUAAAGAACUAUCAAGACAACCUGAUAUAUAUGACAGGCUAACCAGGUCUCUUGCACCAAACAUAUGGGAGCUGGAUGAUGUUAAGAAAGGGCUUCUUUGCCAGCUUUUCGGUGGGAGUGCAUUGAACUUGACAUCUGGGGCUAGCUUCCGUGGUGACAUCAAUAUCCUCUUGGUUGGUGAUCCUGGGACCAGCAAAUCCCAACUUCUCCAAUACAUACACAAGCUAUCUCCUCGUGGUAUUUACACCAGUGGACGAGGGAGCUCUGCUGUUGGAUUGACUGCUUAUGUUGCCAAAGAUCCUGAAACUGGAGAAACUGUUCUGGAGAGUGGAGCUCUUGUUUUGAGUGACAGGGGCAUCUGCUGUAUUGAUGAAUUUGACAAAAUGUCUGAAAAUGCAAGGAGCAUGUUGCAUGAGGUGAUGGAACAACAAACUGUUUCAAUCGCAAAGGCAGGGAUCAUUGCUUCCCUUAAUGCUAGAACCUCAGUGUUGGCUUGUGCAAAUCCAAUAGGUUCCCGCUAUAAUCCCCGUCUGUCUGUGAUUGACAAUAUACACCUUCCUCCUACACUGUUGUCCAGGUUUGAUUUGAUUUACUUAAUUCUUGACAAGGCUGAUGAGCAGACGGACAGGCGCCUUGCAAAGCACAUUGUUGCAUUGCACUUUGAGAAUCCUGAGAGUUCAGAGCAGGAUGUCUUGGAUCUUCCGACAUUAACUGCUUAUGUGAGCUAUGCUCGAAAACAUAUACAUCCACAGUUAUCUGAUGAAGCUGCUGAAGAGUUAACACGAGGGUAUGUGGAGAUGAGAAGAAGAGGAAAUUUCCCUGGCAGUAGCAAAAAGGUGAUAACAGCAACACCAAGGCAAAUUGAGAGUUUGAUACGCCUCAGCGAAGCCCUGGCUCGGAUUCGUUUCUCAGAAUGGGUUGAGAAGCGAGAUGUAAUGGAAGCUUUUCGGCUUCUUGAAGUUGCACUGCAGCAGUCGGCCACAGACCAUUCCACUGGGACCAUUGAUAUGGACCUCAUUACGACUGGGGUCUCCGCAAGCGAAAGGAUGAGAAGGGAGAAUUUGGUAUCAACCAUUCGCACCAUGGUUAUGGAGAAGAUGCAACUUGGGGGACCAUCCACUCGCGUGUUGGAGUUGCUGGAAGAGUUGAAGAAGCAUAGUUCUGGUCCUGAAGUUCACCUCAGUGAGCUGCGCAAUGCACUUGCUACUCUUGCAAGCGAGGGAUUUGUGGUUGUCCACGGUGACAGUGUGAAGAGAGUCUGAUGAGAGCAGAUGACCAUAGCAAGAGUCAGGACAAAUGUACAUCGUUGAAUUAAUCUCAAAGUUGAUCCUUUAUGCUAACCUGUUCACCUAAACAGCAACAACCGAUACUUCUGCUGGGCAUGGCUUCUAUUUCCCAGAUCGACACACAAGGUUGCUUAGGGUGAUCUUCUUGCAGCUAAAAACAGUUAUGUCCAGCUUGGAAAUUGAAUGCAGUUUGUAAAUGGGUUUUUGGUUUUAUUAGUAGAAUGGUUAGAUAUGCAGUCACAUACAGGUCAAUCUUCAUUGCUGAAGUUUACUUCUCUUUACAUUUAAGAUUGAUCGUAUUUGAUAUUUAUACCCAAUUGCUGGUGUUGUACUGAAAUUUGUGCUUGGUUUAAAGAACUUAGCUAUGCAAUUAGAUCAGGUAAUCAGUAAAGACUUCU